GUGUUCCUCACCCAUCCCUCCAGGCCCCAGGGAUGCAAUUAAGGAGCUGUUCUUAAGAGAGGGGAAGAGGUAUCUAUGGCAGCCCAAGCAUCCUUUGCCUCCAUCCCGAUCCCUCUAAUGAGACAGCCACCUCAGCACCUUAUCCCCAUGGCUUUGUUUCAGCAGAACCUGUUGUAAGAGGGCAUUUGGAGCGAUCGCUACCCGUGGAAGACAAAGGGUGCACUUUCUCUUUCUCAGCUUAUCUGGGCUCCAAGCUGCUAAACAGAGCACCCGCGGGAGGGAGGAGGCUGGGGGGGGGUGGGAUUUCUCAUUAUCCCUGUUCUUUCCCUUUUGGGAGGCAGCUGGGCAGACUUUAAUAGAUUACAUUCAGGAUUUCAGAUUGUUAACAGCAACGGAGGGUUCUGCUUGGAGAGGCGAGCGUACGGCUGAAAGUCCUGGGAAGCUGUUUUGAGCCUUUUUUUAGGUGGGCACAAUCUUCUUCAGUGGGGAAAAUCUUCCUUUCAAAAAGAAAAAGAACAAACACACAACUUUCCCUCUUUGGUCUUUUAAGCCCAUACUGCUUCUUCCAAGCCACCAAGCCACAGCCCCAUGGAUGAAUGGGAAGCCCCUCAGUGGAAGAAGGAAGUCGAAAGCCUUAAGUACCAGCUGGCUUACAAGAGGGAGAUGUCCUCAAAAACGAUCCCCGAAUUUCUUAAGUGGAUAGAAGAUGGCAUUCCAGAAGAUCCAUUUCUGAACCCAGAGCUGAUGAAGAACAAUCCAUGGGUGGAAAAGGGGAAAUGCACCAUCCUCUAACCCACUGCCUCCCAAAAUUUCGUCCACGAUAAAUAAAAAUGGCUUCCUUUGGAGAUACUCAAAAUUGCAUGAAAACUUAAUGUAUAAAAUUUUUAUUUUAGUUCCUCACUAUGGCUAAACUCACACCUUUACCUCCCCCCCCCCCGCUAGUACAGUUGAGUUCAUAUAGUGGCUAAUUAAAGGUUUCCCUCAUUUGUAUGAUUUGGGGCAGAGCAUUCUUCCUUCCCCUGGGUUAAAAUGGGAGGUGCACUUCAAACCACUGACAUACAGAUUUCACAGAACAGGCAGGCAUCCUCCCUGCAAAUGUUGUACAAUCAAGUCCAUUGCACCUCCUUCCAAAUCCAACUUUCCCCCCUUUGCCUAGGGAGCUGGGGCUCAGGAAUACCUAUGUACUUUCUGGAGCAAUGGUGAUGCUUCUGGGGGUUCCCUUCUACCCACCAGCUAUGGUCUAGGCUGCAUGAGAGAAUCCAGGUGCAUGUAGAAUUGCUUCCUUCCUGUUCAUAUGUUGGCAGUGCUGGGUAGCAGAAUCGGUGCUGAAUGAGGUCUUCCAGUCUUUACAGACGAAGGAGAUAUCUAAGAGUGGAUCACCCUUUCUCAAGGCAUGUCACACUCUGUCCUAGUGGCACACUAGUGGGUGCCCCUGUUCACCAUUUGGGAACAAUCACUGAAGAGAGUACGGAUGUGAAAGAGACCCCACUGUUUUGAAUUUUGGCACCAGCAUCUGGGAAGAUAUAGGGACAUUGGAUGCAACACAGGAUAAUAAAAUGGUAGAGUUGGGAGGGACCCAAAAGAAUAAUCUAAUCCAAACCCCUGCAAUGCAGGAAUCACAACAAAAACUAAGCAAAAUUUGCAGCUUUAUGAACCCUGUAGUUUCUCUUUCCUAUACACCUGCAAUUCUUUUUUUGUCUUUUUGGGGGGGACUUGUAAAGGAACAACACAAGUUUUAUAAAAGAAUUUUUGAUUACUUUAAAUACUUUUUUUUGUAUCUUGUAGGAUAUACCGUUUUGCAGUUAAAAAAAAAAAGCUAAGCAAAUGUGAGAAGGGCUUCUAAGCAAAAUAAAGAAAGUGAUACUG